UAGUAAAUACCGCGAGAAUUGAAUUUGAAAACUGGCGGUUGAAGACGGAACUUUUUUUCGGAAGAGAAGCAGCAGCGCAAAGAGCAUCAACAUGACUGCUGAUUCUCAAAUAGAGAUCCGUGAAACUUUCCAGCGAGCUCAGAAAGCUCACAACAACAAGGCCAAGCUGGUGGCCAGUCUGAAGAGCAUGUACGAUAAGUUAAAGGAUAAGGCAGAGUUCCACGAGGAGUUUCUGCGCUGCUUAAAAUACGCCCUGAUCGUGUACACCCGAGAGCCGGCGGUGGAAAGUGUCAUUGAUUUUGUGGUGAAGUUUGCUGCCAGCUUCGAGAUGCCCAUCGACGAGGAUGAGGACGAGGAGGAUACAUUUCUGAACCUCCUGUUCAAUUUUCUGUUGGAGUGUCAUGGGGUGAGUAGCCACGCGGUGCGGUUCCGGGUGUGUCAGCUGGUGAACAAGCUGCUGGGCAGUCUGAGUGAGAAUGCGCAGAUAGACGAUGUGCUGUGUGUACGGAUCCACGAGGCCAUGUUGAUCCGCGUCACAGAUAAAUACCCCAAUGUCAGGAUACAGGCCGCGCUCGCCAUGGCCCGCCUGCAGGAUCCUGAGAACCCUGACUGUCCCACAGUCAAAGCCUACAUGCUGCUGUUGGAGAAUGACUCGAACCCUGAGGUGAGAAGAGCAGUCCUGUCCUGCAUCGCACCCUCCACUCUCACACUCCCCAAAAUCUACAGACGUACUCGAGAUGUUAAAGAGAAAGUCCGCAAACUGGCCUAUCAGGUGCUUGCUGAGAAAGUGCAUAUCCGAGCUUUGACCAUCGCUCAGAGAGUCACUCUGCUGCAGCAAGGACUCAACGACUCUGCAGCCUCAGUAAAGGAAGUGGUGAAGCAGACCCUCCUUCCCUCCUGGCUCCGCCUCCUCGAGGGAGAUGUUCUGCAGUUACUACACAGACUGGACGUCGAGAACUGUCCCGACACCGCAGUGUCCACACUACAUGCCCACUUCUCUAUGGCAACGACCCCCGAGGACCUUCUGAAUGCAGCUAACCUGGACGACAGAAAGGUGAUCCCGUUAGAUGCCCUGACUUGUGAGAACAUACUGUACUGGCGUGCACUUUGUGAGUUUGUGAAGAGUAAAGGAGAUGAGGGGGAGGAGCUUCUCGACAAACUCUUACCCGAGCCCGCUCUGUUCGCCGAGUACCUGUACAGUUAUAUGAAGACCCUUCCAGCCAUGUGUGAUGAUGACAGAGCUGAUCUGACUCAGCUGGAGUCUGUGAUGAUGAAGGAGUUCAUCACACAGCAACUCAUCCAGCUGGUGGACUGCUUGGACACUGCAGAGGAGGGAGGAAGAAAACGUGUGCUCUCAGUCCUGAAGGAGAUGCUGGUGCUGCCGAACACACCCCUCUCUCUGAUCAGUCAGCUGGUGCAGAGGCUCAUGAGGAUCAUCCACGAUGAUCAGCAGCGCAUCGCAGCGGUAGCCGAGAUCAUCUCCGACGUGAGGGAGCCGAUCGUGCCUGUCACGCAAACCGAGGACGAGAACGAGAAACGCAAGAGACAAGUCAGGCUGGCAGAGGUGAGGGUGUGUAUAAUGGAGUGUAAACAACAGCUGGAAAACUGCAUCAGCGCUCAGGAUUUCAGUCGCGCUGCCGAGUUGAAGAACUCCAUCACCGAGCUGGAAGAGCUGAAGAACCAGUUAGCACAGGAGAACACGCACGCUGAACCUGCUAAAGAGCAGCACGCAGAAAAGUUCUUGGUUUCAGGUCUAGAACUCUCCGAUAUUUCAACUCUAAACUUUAUCAAGAAUGAUCCGGAGACGUUGCUGAAGUGUUUGACGAUGUGUGCCGAAGCACUGAAACAGAUGAACAUCAACCGAGGAAUCUGUCCCACCCUCAAUGGCCUCCUAGAUUCCCUGGUGCUGCCGUGCGUGUCCAACUCAAACGCCGCAGUGAGGAACAUGGCUGUAGUGUGUUUGGGCACUGCGGCUCUCCACAGCAAAGACCUUGCCAAGAUGCACCUGGUGCUCCUGCUGCAGAUCACCCAGUUGGACGAGCCAAAGAUCAGGAUCAGCGCUCUCAGAGCUGUUGUCGAUCAGCUGCUCUUGAAUGGUCUAGACAUCCUCCGUGAUAGCCCCGCCUCCCAGCAAACGCAAACCACUGACUGGCCAGGUGGCAGUGAAGGACAAGCUGAUCGUCCAGUCGAAGAGGAGGAUAAUCCUAUACAGAGUAUUCUGAAGCUGCUGGCUGAGUUCUUGGAUAGUGAGAUCUGUGAGCUACGCACGGAGACGGUGGAGUGUGUGUGUAAGCUGCUGUACUGUGGCAGGAUCGUGAGCGUGAAGCUCCUCACUCGCCUCAUUCUGCUCUGGUACAACCCACUGACUGAGGAGGACCAGAAACUGAGACACUGCAUCGGAGUGUUUCUGCAGCUCUACACACACUCACACAGGAGUCAUCAGGAGUGUGUAGAAGAGAGCUUCAUGCCCACCAUGCGGACGUUAUUCAACGCUCCGGCCACGUCUCCGCUCUCUGAGAUAGACACCAGUAAUGUCGCCGAGCUCUUCAUAGAGCUCACGCGCUCCAGCGCUCAAACUCAAGGAGCGAGCGUGCACGACUCUCUAGCUGUCCGAGUGUGUAACGAGAUUCUACGAGACACUUCUGCUCCUGAGGUGCGUCUGUACUGCAAAACCCUCGGCACUUUAGAGAUCAGCACCGACCCGGGACCCCCUAACAAUGAACUGCAGCAGCUCCUUACCUCCAUCCUGCAGGAGGUGAAGGAUAAGCACUGCGUGAAAGCCUUGGAGAAAGUGCUUGCUCGUCUUAAAGGAGAUCAGUGUGUUCGUGUCACACACGUUCAGGACACAGUGCUGAAUGCUCUGGAUGAAAACGCCAGCGAACUCGUGAAUGGAGACGACUGCAAACCUGUACGAACCAAAAGAGGUCAGAAGAAAACCACGACGGCACGGAGUGCAAAAAAACAGGCUAGGGUGAAGGAGUCUUCUGACGAAAGUGAUGAGGAGAACGUCCCAGAAAACACAGAGGCUCCGAUGGCGCGUCCGAGUCGGCGCGCUAAAACAGCAGCUCUGGAUAAAACCAAGCAGGAUCUGACGGCGCUGAUGAAUUACGAAGCCAGUGCGUAGGUCAGGGUUCGUCGAAACAUCUCCAAACACACCUGAUCUCGCCCGUGUGUGUGUAUGUGUGUGUGUUACGCUUAAGAGACGACGUCCACGAUCAAUAUUUAUGCCACGCUGAACCACCGAGGAGACUUAACACCAACAAAAUAGUGUUUAGUCUCUACACUCUUCAGUGUGUAUAUGUGUUUAACAUUAAUAUACACCAGGGAUAUCACCUCUAUAUAAGCCAUUAUCACUCAUAAAUAUUCAUGACUUAUUAAUACAGCUAUCGUAAUGAUUCAUAACCACAUGGAUAUGACCCAGACUGCUCAUACGGCUUACUUGCUGUGCUUUUUCUUUUUUUUCCCCUCUCCACACUGCACUGCUGUACUGUGUUCAUUCUUCUCUAUUAUUCAUCAUCUCUGCAGUGUGUAACGUUGUCUCUGUUCUCCCGCGUUCAAGUUUUGACCUUUACAGUGAAAGACAGAGAGAGAGACAGAGCUAAAGCGCUAUAUUAUUAUAACAUCAGCAAAACUCACUCGGCUCGCAAAACCCCAGUUUAAAUGUUUUAUUUUUUAAAAUGUUUUACUCUUUAAUAAAUCAUUUUCUCUCCA